AUGCCGACUACUCUCCAUCUCCUCGCCUUCUCAAUAUUCCUCUUGCAUCUCACCAUCACCUUUUCCUGGGCAACCUUCUCCUUUGCCCAAACCCAAUUAAACAUGUGGUCCCAAAAUGUGCACAACAAUAUGCCACCAUCCAUCUCCACAAAACUCUCACCACUCACCCGGCACGACUUGGACUACUACACUACGGCCAUGAUAUCACGAAACACGUUCAAAGCCGACCCCAAAUUCUGCAUGCUAGCGGGACUAGCGUGCUCCACGGGUGGGGUCCACGUGAUAAACGUCGAUUCAGAAGUGUAUAAAACCUACGGAAACCCGAAGGUACCCAAUGAGAAAGUCGACCCGUCCUUGUUCUUCAGACAUUCGGCCCUUAAGGAGCGAAACUCCAUCCGCCUCUCCAAUCUCAAGGAGUCCCUACCCCACCGUGCAUUUCUCCCCGCUCCAAUCGCGUCCAGGAUUUCCCUGACCACCACAGAUGGCGUGACGAGAAUAUUCCCGGACUCGGCCACAUACGCAAUCGAGACCACAAUCGCCUACUGCAACGCAAAGAACGUGAAGGGAGAGUUCAAAACGUGCCCGAGGUCACUGGAGGAGAUGAUCGGCUUCUCGAAAACCGCACUGCACACGGAAAAGCUUCUCAUUCUAACUUCCGAGAGCACGAGAGGGUCGGGAGAGAAACUCAUGAUCAAGAAUAUUAAGACGUUCAAUGCGGAAAAUAUUGUGGCUUGCCACGAGAUGUUCCUUCCUUUUGCAGCCUACUUCUGCCACUCCCUGCCCUCGACUCGGGUUUACUCUGCGGACCUUGUCGAUGGAAAGACAGGCGCUCGGGUCAACACUGUAGUGGGAGUGUGCCACAUGGACACAUCGGGUUGGCCCGCGGAUCACGUGGCGUUUCGGGUUCUCAAGUUUGGGCCGGGGCAGGGGGAGGCUUGCCAUUGGUUGAAUGAGAUUGAUCUUGUGUGGGUUGCCGCAUAA